ACCUGGGCAAAGUGGUGAAAGUGCGGUAUGUAUCAAAUUUCAUAGUAUUGAAACCGUUAUCAUCGAAGGAGACGGUGAUGGCGAUGGAGAACUGCACACGUACAUUUGUGCCGUUGGUUCUUCUAGCAGCGUUACUACGAACACACCCGUUUCAGGACAAGAAGAGUCGUGAACGGGUUUGGUAACUAAUACUUAGGACGUCUACAGAGUUCCGUUCGUUUUCUAUCGGUUAUACGAAGCCAUAAAUUCGAGUUCUACAGAGGAGCCCUCUACAUCGAAGCGCCCCCUCCCCAUCCCAUGUUUUUCUCAACCAUCCUUGUCCUCGUUUGGCUCUUCUGUAUCACGGUUGCUCAGCAGCAUAAUACUGAACCAAUUGUCGAUGGGUCGGUUGAUGACGGCUGGCAGUCGUUCCCAGAUGUCAUUGACGCCACCGCGCAUCCCGAUUGGGUUGUGGAUGAAGAGCUAGAAGCAUAUCUUCCUGUCUACCAAACCACCGGCCUCAACACGUCCGAAGUUACCAGAGCAGUUAUCAUUCUACACGGGAAGGAGAGAAUGUGUUGGUCCGGUGGGUGUCACCCAUCUUUUGAACCACGUCACGUCGAUAACCCAGACCUAGAUUGGAACUCUGCUAACAACGCACUCUACAAUGCCACCUACGAUGACCCCACUAUUAAUCGUGAUGAGAUAUCCAUCAUGACCCCAUGUUUUUUCGACGAGGAUGACCUGGAAGCGGGCGCCGCACAAGAUGGUCAGCUCCUAUGGGGAAGAACGACGUGGAUUAGCGGACAUCGGAAUGUUGGACCUGACUCAAUAUCUGACUUUAGCAGCUUUGAUGUCCUCGACGCCUUGGUGGCGUAUUAUAUGAACACAACUGUGUAUCCAAAUUUGGAGACCGUCGUCGUCGGGGGACACUCAGCCGGCGGUCAAAUAGCUCAACGAUAUGCCGCCUUGAAGAUCUCUACUGAGAAUGAUGACCGGCUGCGUUUCUGGAUCGCCAAUCCGGCAUCACUAUGCUGGUUAACAUCAGAUCGCCCGGUACCUAACGAUGAGUGUGAGGGAUUUGACGACUAUAAAUAUGGGCUGGCCUCCAGCUUUCCCGCGUACGCAACUGCGAAUGCACGUAUUCUUGCAAGAGAUGGCAUCGUUGAAAGAUACAACGGACGCAGGAUUAGUUAUGCUUGGGGUCUGAAAGAUAAUGGUGCUGGGGAUACCCGUUGUCAAGCACUAACGCAGGGAAGCACACAUCUAGAAAGAGGACAGAAUUUUGUUUCGAUGCUGGAAGAUAUGGGCGGUAUACCCAAUCUCACGACCGUCGAUUGGGUAUCCGGGGUAAGCCAUAACACCGACAAAAUGAUGGCAAGCGAUGCUGGUAUCGAUAAGUUAUUCCGAUAUGUGGGAAACGACACGAGCACUUAAUUUUGUCAUUCAAAUGGUACCGGGGCAACGAACCUUUACCGUCGACUCAAGAACUAUAUUGUCGAG